ACCAAAACUCGCCGCCUAUAAAUCCUUCUCCGGAAGCAAAAAUCCCUGUUUUCUAGCGACAGUUUCCCCGUGUCUUUAUAGAUCGAAUGCGGCAGUAGAUAUUUAAGUAAAAAAAAAAGAACGAUAGUAUGGAUUACAAAAUUGUGGAUAAUGGACCUGCCAAUAUAAUUCAUGAGCUCGAGAAAUUGAAAUCAGAUAGAAUGGAGAUUGAGAAUCGUAUAGAACAGCUUGAGGCUCAGCUGAAGGCUGAUCAAACUGCUCAAAUGGAAGCCAAUCAUUCUUGUUCGAGUUGUAGUUCCAUGUUGGGUGUGCAUGGCGCUUCGUCAAAUGGUUUGAAUCCUGGAAUGAUUUACAGAUACAGUCGCCAUCUCUUGCUUCCAGAUUUUGGAGUUGAAGGACAACUAAAACUUGCAAAAUCCUCAAUCUUGGUGGUUGGAGCUGGAGGGUUGGGGUCACCUGCACUGCUGUAUCUUGCCUCUUGUGGUAUAGGUUGCUUAGGGAUUGCUGAUAGUGACAUUGUUGAACUCAACAAUCUACAUCGACAGAUUAUCCAUCCAGAAGCAUAUGUUGGCCAUGCGAAAGUAAAGUCAGCAGCUGCUGCUUGCCGUGCGAUUAACUCUUCAAUCAAGUUAGUGGAACAUAAUGAAGCUUUGCAUCCAUCAAAUGCUUUGGAUAUUGUAAGCAAAUAUGACAUAGUGGUGGAUGCAACAGACAAUUUGCCUAGUCGAUAUAUGAUUAGUGACUGUUGUGUUGUGCUGGACAAGCCCCUUAUAUCAGGUGCUGCGCUUGGCUUGGAAGGCCAGCUCACCGUUUAUCAUCACAAUGGUGGCCCAUGUUAUAGAUGCCUUUUUCCAACACCGCCUCCUACAGCGGCAUGCCAAAGGUGUUCCGACAGUGGUGUCCUUGGGGUAGUUCCUGGUGCGAUUGGCUGUCUUCAAGCUCUGGAGGCAAUAAAGGUUGCCAGUGGUAUUGGUGAAACCCUAUCUGGAAGAAUGCUUAUUUUUGAUGCACUCUCAUCUCGUAUCCGAGUAGUCAAGAUUAGGGGAAGGUCAUUGCAGUGUUUUGCUUGUGGAGACAAUGCUGCCUUAACUCGACAGAGUUUUCAAAAUUUUGAUUAUGAGGGCUUCACGCAAUCUCCUAUGUCUGAUAAGGCUCGUCCGAAGCUAAAUUUGAUUUCGGACAGUGCGCGAAUAAGCAGUAGAGAGUACAAAGAUUUGAUCGAUAAACACGAACCACAUGUAUUACUAGACGUACGCCCGGCGCAUCAUUUCAAAAUCACAGCUAUUCCUAAAUCCAUAAACAUUCCACUGUCCACAUUGGGGGAUCAGAUAUCCCUUGUCAAUUUACAUUUGAAAGAAGCAACAAAGGAUUCAGGUAAAGCUGCUUCACUCUAUGUAGUUUGUAGAAGAGGAAAUGAUUCACAGAGAGCUGUUGAUUUCCUGAGCAAGAAUGGUUUUCCUCUGGCAAAAGAUAUUAUUGGGGGACUCGAAGCAUGGGGUCAUGACGUAGAUCCUUCAUUUCCUAUAUACUAGGAAACUUGCAACGAAGGUGCUUUUAUUAUAUAAAAAAUGCUUGUAAUUCAUUAAUGUUUAUUUUCUGAUGAGGAUUCAGGAAAGCAUUAACGUUGUUUUAUGUAUUUGAUUGAGUUUAAGGCGGAGUAGAGAUAAUCUAUCGCAAAUAUAUUGUAUUUGUUGG